CACAGACGCAGCCUCCUGCAGUACACCCCGCGUACGGCGCAGCGGCUUUUCCCACGGCAUACCAAGUGCGUCCUCGCCGGGAGAUGGGAGGUGCGGCUCCCGGGUCUCAGAGCGCUCAAAGCGGCGCGGUGUAGUGUCCUGCUGGUCGGAGAAUGCCGCUGGUAGUCUGCUGCUAUUUCUUUUCUCAGUGCAGGAAUCGCAUUUUAACUGCGCCGCUGCCGAGGAUUUAAAGUGAACAAGCCGCCUGAUCAGGAUAUAUUAUUCUGAACAUUUCUCAUUUUUGGGGGAGAGAGAGAGAGAGAGUGAGCGGAGUUGGGAUUUGCUGUGGAGGUGCCCCUUCUCCGCAGUGUCGAUGCGGUUGUGACUGAUUUCUGCAUAGAUUCCAGGUGCAUAAUGUCCGCCAUCUCAGAACAGGCUUGAUCCUGCAACAGUACUGGACUGUGCCUCUGUCCCUCUCCUUACCUGUCCAACCUUCAGCACAGCCAUGACAUCCCACAAAAGAAUACGGACCUAUUUUUCCUUAUGCUGCUUCCUGUUCAGUUUGGUGCUUCCUUCGGCAUCACAGAUGGUGGUGCAAGCCCCACAGGCCCACAGUGCUGGAUCCCAAGUAAUCACAGCGUUGCUCCAGGAGGAGGGGUAUGCCUCAUUUUAUGCCGAGACCCCAGACUGGACAUUUAACCAUCUUGCUGUGGACUAUCGCAAUGGCAAUGUUUAUUUGGGAGCGGUCAAUCGCAUAUACAAACUGUCUCCGAGUUUGGAGGUCCAAGUGUACCACGAAACCGGUCCAGAUGAAGACAACCGCAAGUGCUACCCACCACGGAUUGUUCAGCCUUGCAGUGAGCCACUGACACUCACCAACAAUGUAAACAAGAUGCUUUUGAUGGACUAUAGGGAGAACCGGUUGCUGGCUUGUGGCAGCCUCUACCAGGGCAUCUGUAAACUCCUCCGUCUAGAUGACCUCUUCAAACUGGGAGAGCCCUUCCACAAGAAAGAGCACUACCUCUCUGGCGUGAAUGAGAGCGGCUCUGUUUUUGGUGUCAUUGUUUCCUAUGGCAAUGCUUCUCCAGACAUGCUGUUUGUAGCCACAGCAGUAGAUGGUAAACCUGAGUACUUCCCUACCAUCUCUAGCCGAAAAUUGGCCAGAAACUCAGAGGAGGAUGGCAUGUUUGCCUAUGUCUUCCAUGAUGAGUUUGUGGCCUCUAUGAUUAAGAUCCCCUCGGAUACAUUCACUGUCAUCCCUGACUUUGACAUAUAUUACAUUUAUGGCUUUGCUAGUGGGAACUUUGUCUACUUCCUAACUUUGCAGCCUGAAAUGGGAGGUGGACCGACCACAGGAUCCUCUUCUGCUGGUCGGGAACAGGUAUACACAUCCAAGAUAGUUCGCCUCUGCAAGGCAGACACAGCAUUCAACUCAUAUGUCGAGGUCCCUAUUGGGUGCAUAAGUGGCAACGUGGAGUACAGAUUACUCGAAGCAGCCUACUUAUCAAAAGCUGGUUCCAUCCUGGCACCUUCACUGGACGUGGCCCCAGAUGACGAUGUGCUUUUUGCCAUCUUCUCAAAAGGUCAAAAGAGGCGUCCGCGGCAGGCCUCCCAGGACUCUGCUCUGUGUGUUUUCUCACUUCGAAAGAUCAAUGAGAAAAUCAAGGAAAGGUUGAAGUCCUGCUACAAGGGAGAGGGCACUCUGGAUCUGGCCUGGCUGAAAGUCAAAGAUAUUCCUUGCAGCGGUGCGCUCUUGACCAUUGACGAUGACUUUUGCGGCCUGGACAUGAACGCACCACUGGGCGUGUCCGAGAUGGUGCGCGGCAAGCCUCUCUUUUCAGACGCCGUUGACAAAAUGACCUCUGUGAUUGCCUACGUCUACAAGAACCACUCACUGGUCUUCGUGGGUACAAAAAGUGGACGAGUCAAGAAGAUCCGGGUGGACGGUUCCUCUCGUGCCCUUCAGUAUGAGACUGUUCAAGCUGUGGAGAAUGGACCCAUCUUGAGAGAUAUGGCCUUCUCUUCUGACCACCACUACCUCUACGUCAUGUCGGAGACUCAGCUGUCGAGAGUGCCAGUGGAAGCCUGUGGACAGUACUCCACCUGCAGUGAAUGUCUUGGAUCAGGUGAUCCCCACUGUGGCUGGUGUGUUUUGCACAACAUGUGUGCCAGAAAGGAGAAAUGUGAGCGCUCGUCAGAGCCCCGGCGCUUUGCUUCAGACAUCAAGCAGUGUGUGCGUCUCAGUGUCCACCCGAACAACAUAUCAGUGUCCCAGUUUAGUGUCACGUUGGUGCUGGAAGCCCAUAAUGUCCCAGAGCUUUCAGCAGGUGUUAACUGCACAUUUAAGGACCUGGCUGAGAUGAACGGCCUAGUGGAAGGAAACAGGAUCAAGUGUUCCUCGCCAGCUGAAAAGGAGAUGCCACGCAUUAUUGUGGACAAGGGAGACCACCAGAUAGUGCAGCUCUAUCUCAAGUCCAGGGAGACGGGCCUGGCUUUUGCAAACACCAGUUUUGUUUUCUACAACUGCAGCGUGCACAAGUCGUGCCUCUCUUGUGUCAGCAGCCCCUACCAGUGCCACUGGUGUAAAUACAGGCAUGACUGUACCCAUGACCCUCGCACUUGUUCUUUCCAGGAGGGCCGAGUCAAGAAGCCUGAGGGCUGUCCGCAGUUGCUGCCUACAGAUAGGAUACUGGUGCCAGUCAAUGUGGUAAAGCCCAUCACCCUGCGGGCUAAGAACCUACCCCAGCCGCAGUCUGGACAAAGGGGGUACGAGUGCCUCCUAACCAUCCAAGGAAAUGAGCAGAGAGUUCCUGCCCUGCGCUUUAACAGCUCCUCGGUGCAAUGUCAAAACACGUCGUAUCUCUAUGAUGGGAUGGAGAUGAGCAGUCUUCCCGUGGAGCUGACCGUCAUCUGGAACGGAGAUUUCAGCAUCGAUAACCCCGCCCACAACAAAGUUCACCUUUACAAGUGUGAUGCUCAGCGUGGAAGCUGCGGUUUGUGUCUGAAAGCAGACCCCCUGUUCGGGUGCGUUUGGUGUAAAGGAGAGAACCGCUGCACCCUCAAGCAACACUGCCCCCUCCCAGAGAACCAGCUGCUCGAGCCCAACGGGAUCAACAGCAAAUGCACCCAUCCAAGAAUCACACAGAUCAACCCUCUGCGGGGUCCAAGGGAGGGUGGAACGCUCGUGACUAUCCGAGGUGAAAACCUAGGACUGGACUUUAGAGAGAUCCAGGGUAAUGUGAAGGUGGCUGAAGUGGACUGCACCCCCAUACGUGAGGGUUACAUUCCUGCUGAACAGAUUGUUUGUGAGAUGGGUCGGGCCGAGUUCAGCCAGUAUACUGGGAACGUGCAAGUGUGUGUUGGGGUUGGAGCAUGCAGACCAGAAUUUAUGGCAAAAUCAUCUAAGUACUACUACUUUGUGGUCCCACGACUUGCCAGGCUAAAGCCGAGCCGUGGCCCAGUGUCCGGGGGAACAAUUGUCAACAUCACAGGCAGCCACUUGGAUGCUGGGAGCAACGUGUCAAUUAUGUUUAAGGACCAGCCGUGCACUUACUUGAGGAGGGGCGGCCAGUGGCUAACCUGCCGAACACAUGCCUCCCUGGUUGGCUACGGGAACGUAUCUGUGUCUGUGAGCAUAGAUAAGGCCCAGUCCCAGUCAGAUCUGCAGUUUGAAUACGUGGAGGAUCCAACCAUAACAAAGAUAGAGCCGGAGUGGAGCAUCUACAGUGGACAUACUCCAGUGACAGUAACAGGGACUAACCUGGACAUCAUUCAGACCCCACUCAUCAGAGCCAAAUACAACAACCACGAGACGCUCAAUUUAUGUGAGGUGCUGAGCUCCACAUCCAUGCUGUGUCAGGUCCCAGAACUGCCAAUAAGUUUGGCCAGGCAGCAAGAAGCACCUGAAAAACCUGACGAGUUUGGCUUCAAAUUGGACGAUGUGCAGUCCCUGAUGGCCCUCAACAACACCAACUUUAUCUACUAUCCCAAUCCUGAAUUUGAGGCUCUGAGUCCCUCUGGGGUCCUGGACCUUAAACCUGGGUCACCGAUCAUACUAAAAGGACGGAACUUUCUUUCCCCAACCAAUAGUGGGAAUGGAAAGUUGAACUACACGGUUCUGAUUGGAGAUAAGCCAUGCAUGUUAACAGUGUCAGAGACCCAGCUUCUUUGUGAGUCGCCCAACCUCACUGGUCGCCACAAAGUCCUGGCACGUGUUGGUGGCAUCGAAUUUUCCCCAGGUGUGGUCCACAUAACGUCUGACAGCCCACUCAGCAGCACAGCGAUCAUCGGCAUCGCUGCAGCCGGCGCGUUGCUCAUCUUUUUCAUUGUGGUGGUACUUAUUGCCUAUAAGCGCAAGUCUCGUGAAAGCGACCUGACUCUGAAGAGACUACAGAUGCAGAUGGACAACCUUGAGUCACGUGUGGCACUGGAGUGCAAAGAGGCUUUUGCAGAGCUUCAGACAGACAUACACGAGUUGACCAGUGAUCUAGAUGGCGCAGGUAUCCCCUUUCUAGACUACAGGACCUACACCAUGAGGGUCCUUUUUCCUGGCAUUGAGGAACAUCCUGUACUAAGAGAUUUGGAGGUGCCAGGCUACCGCCAGGAGCAAGUGGAGAAGGGGCUGAAGCUCUUUGGCCAGCUCAUUAACAACAAAAUAUUCCUGCUGUGCUUUAUUCGCACUCUGGAGGCCCAGCGUGGCUUCUCCAUGAGGGACCGUGGCAACGUGGCCUCACUGAUCAUGACCGUUCUGCAGAGCAAGCUGGAGUACGCCACUGAUGUCCUGAAGCACCUGCUGUCUGACCUCAUAGACCGCAACCUUGAAAGCAAAAAUCACCCCAAACUGCUGCUUCGCAGGACGGAGUCUGUUGCAGAGAAAAUGCUGACCAACUGGUUUACAUUCCUCCUCUACAAAUUUCUAAAGGAGUGUGCAGGCGAGCCCCUGUUCUCCCUCUUCUGUGCCAUCAAGCAGCAGAUGGAGAAAGGCCCCAUUGACUCUAUCACAGGAGAGGCACGCUACUCGCUCAGCGAAGACAAGCUCAUCAGACAACAGAUUGACUACAAGACGCUGGUGGUCAACUGCAUACAUCCAGAGAAUGAGAAAAGUCCAGAGAUCCAAGUGAAGGUUCUGAACUGUGAUACAGUGAGUCAGGUGAAGGAGAAAAUGCUGGAUGCCAUAUACAAGAACGUCCCGUAUUCACACCGUCUAAAGGCCGCAGACAUGGACCUAGAGUGGCGCCAGGGUAGAGGACAGCGCAUGAUCCUACAAGAUGAGGACAUAACCACAAAGAUCGAAGGUGACUGGAAGAGACUCAACUCGCUGUCCCACUAUCAGGUACCUGAUAAUGCUGUGAUGGCCCUGGUUCCCAAGCAGGUUACAGCUUACAACUCGGUAAAUAACUCUACGGUGUCCAGAACGUCUGCAAGUAAAUACGAGAACAUGAUCAAGUACACUGGAAGCCCAGACAGCAUGCGCUCCCGCACUCCCAUGAUCACUCCUGACCUGGAGAGUGGCGUGAAGGUCUGGCAUCUGGUUAAAAACCACGAGCAUGGUGACCAGAAAGAAGGCGAUCGUGGCAGCAAGAUGGUGUCCGAGAUCUACCUGACACGACUUCUGGCCACCAAGGGUACAUUACAGAAGUUUGUUGACGACCUGUUUGAAACCAUCUUCAGCACCGCCCACCGAGGCAGCGCCCUGCCUCUGGCGAUUAAAUACAUGUUUGACUUCCUGGAUGAGCAGGCAGACAAACACAGCAUCCACGACCCACAUGUGCGACACACAUGGAAGAGCAACUGCCUACCUCUGCGCUUCUGGGUGAAUGUGAUCAAGAACCCCCAGUUUGUGUUCGACAUCCACAAGAGCAGCAUCACGGAUGCCUGUUUGUCCGUUGUGGCCCAGACCUUCAUGGACUCCUGCUCCACCUCAGAGCACCGCCUUGGGAAAGACUCACCAUCCAACAAGCUGCUUUAUGCCAAGGACAUCCCCAGCUACAAGAGCUGGGUGGAGAGGUACUACUCAGACAUUAAUAAGAUGCCAGCAAUCAGUGACCAGGACAUGAAUGCCUACUUGGCAGAACAGUCACGGAUGCACAUGAAUGAGUUUAACAGCAUAAGCUCCCUCAGUGAGAUUUACUCCUACGUGGGAAAGUACACCGAGGAGAUUGUGUGUGCACUGGAGCAGGACGACGCAGCCAGGAAACAGAGGCUGGCCUUCAAGCUGGAGCAGGUGGUGGCCUUCAUGAGUCUGGAAAGCUGAGGACCGCACUUCCCAGGGUGCACUGGGAAGAGACCCCGUCAGAAACCGAGCUGUGCCUGAGCGAAGACCUGUCCCCAUGUUUUUCCAUCAUCUGACUUCCGCCCUCAGCUUUUCAGAGAUUACUUCUUCCUCUACCUUUUUUCUGCUUCCCUCCUCCCUGAGAGAUAUUUUGUUUUCCUCAUCAACACAGCUGCAUAGACUAGUUUAGCUGAAUAUUUGUGAGGGGUGGUGUGCAGCUGAGGUCAGCGUCUCCUGCAGUGCAAUGUGGGGCGUACCUCAGCUUCAUCAAAGGGGGGGAGCUUCAUUGGGGGAUUACUUGAUAGCUGGCCAUAUUGGCAUCUUCUCCCUGCUGGAUUAAAAGAGGAAAAAAUUUUAUGUUGCCUUCAAGAAUUUACACUGAUAGUAAAUCUUUGGAAACUACAACGUGGGUUGUCCAUAUGUUGAACUUUUAAAAAUAGAAUAGUUAAAGAUAAAAUGAUCUAGAGUUCUGUUAAAUGUAGUUCUAGAUUCAACAUAUGGCAUCAAGUGGAAACAUCAAGAGCAAUGACUGCAAGCCAAAUGAACACCUCUGGGGAAAAUUAAUGCAAGAAUGGUUUGCCAAGUUUACACUGUACCUUCAAGCAAAGCAUACAUAUCCGUGAAAUCUUGGUCGAAUCCAGGCGAACCUAGAAUGUUUUUGUGUUUUUAAAUGUAGCUCGGGUUUUAACUAAGGACAAGACUGAUGGGGUGUGGGAAGGAAUAUUGCUCCUCUGAACUUUUCCUCCCUGAAACAAAGCAGAGCAUCCUCAGCCUUUAGCUUGUUACACCUUUUUUCUCUGCCUAGCGUACUUUCAAAAAAUAAAAAAAAGCUCAUGAUUUCUGCUUCCAUUUGGCUUAUAUGGCUACUGCAAAAUUAAGCUGUUAGAUCAAAUACUAGAACCCCACCCAAGUUGGACCCUCUUUUAAAAAGCACACAACCAACUCUGGAAGACAAACACCAGGAGCAGUCUCUUCCAACGGUCUAUCAAAGCACACACCAACAUACACAAGAGAAAAAAAAUAAAUCAGCAGCUGCCCAGAUAUCCCCACCAACCCUGAAGGAGCUAAAUGGAAAAGCUGACUGAGAUGCACGGGGUACGAAACAACUUUACCAGUAAAGACAAGAAUGACUGAACACAGUGUGGCCAGAGAUGGCUACAGGGGCUUUGGUGUCCGAGUAGCACCUCUUUUCUGGGAUGUUAUUAUUUAAGACUUUCAUGUGGAAAAAUGAAACAAGAUGGACUUUGCUGGUCAGCCAAAAACCAAAGGAGCUUGAAAUUUUCAAAAACGGUCAAAAUGUAUUUAUAAAGUGCCACUGAGGAACUGACAAAAAAACAUAUUGUGACUGGAACUUUAAGAAGCCUGUGUGAGUUUUUCUGACCUCAGUGUGUCGAGGUGAGAGGCUCCGUGGGCGACGUGAUCCGAUCCUCCCCGGUCUCUCCUGCCCUCGGCACACCAGCUGCCCUUUUUGUCUGGCUCCUCGAUUAACAGCUUAUCUGUUUUGCACAAGCAUUGGAGAUGGUAGCUAGCUGCAUAUGGCAAAACUCCAAUAUCUUGGGUAACUGUUGAGGCGCUCUUUCUGUAUUAGUGUAGUUGUCCUCAGUGGUGGCAGGGGCGGCCUUCUCCAAGCCUCAAUGAAAAGAAACAAAAUUCUGUUUAAGCAUCACAGACAUGAAGAGCGAUCACAACUUGCCAGGCAUAAGCCGGCACCAGAGAGAGAGAGAGCGACUGAAAGCGAUGAUGGAAGCGCCCUCCGUACCUUUUGACCUCUGCCCUUUCUUUUGCCUUGACAACGUGCCCCAUGUGGUGAUGUGAAUGUGUGAAGACCGCCCUAGGUCCACCUUGGGUCCUUUAUUGGCUUUUUAAGCGCAUGUAAAACGUAAACCAUUUAAGAAACUUAUUUUAAAAAAAGUGAAAAACAAGAAAACUAAGCCUUGCAAUGAUGAUGUGGAUGUGUUCUUUAAACUUUAUUUUGCUUGGAAGAACCGAGAUUGGAAAAAGUGGACUGUUCAUGUAAGAAAAACUGUUGUUUAAGGUGGAACCUUUAUCUACUUUGGCCUCCUGCAGAAUCUCAUACCCACAGUUUUUGUGAAGUGGUAGUUGCUAAAUAUUACAGAUAUUUACCUUUGCAUGUUGACCUAUUUGGAUGGUAUGAAAUGGAAAUGCCUUGCUCAAAGAUAUUUAUAUACUUCUGCAACUACUUGGGAGAUUUAGGUCUAACAUGUCCUUCAUUACAGGCCAUCAGUGCCUCCUGUGUGGUUCACGUUUUGGCUAAGAAAACAUACAACCCCUGCAUGAUUUCACCACCAAUCUGUUGAGCUGAGACAGAAAAGAAACACAUCAGAGGCAGUAUAAGAGAACAUUACUGAUAACAACAGACAUGUCUUUUUUUUUUUUGGAUGAAAAAAUUCCUUUCAGCUAGAACUGGACCAAGUUUUACAAAAAAAUGUAACUUAAAGUUGCCGGUAAACAAAGUUUGGAAAUUGUGUUUAGCACUCUGUAUCAACAAUUACAAACUAGACCCUAACACUAAACUUGAAGAUUUGCAAACAUUUACCACAUUGACAUCUUAAACUGUAUAGCAUCUAAUUUUAGCAGUAAGCGAGGUUAGCAUCCUAUAAAAUAUAAACCCAAAUGCUGGCUCUUGAAACAGAAUUUGAAUGUCCAGCAUAUUCUACAAUGAGGCUGAUAGCUCAAAAAUGAGAAAAGAAAACAAUUGUGUUGGCCUGGUUCAAUUGACAUUUUGGCUAAAUCAACAACACACAUCUAAUUUCAUGUUCAAAAAGGUUUGACGAAAAGAACAAGACUGCAAAAGUU